AUGAAGGUGUGCGCUCUUGGCUUCUGCGAGACUGCGCGGGCGAGGAUUGUCAAGAACGGCGGCGAGUGCCUGACCUUCGACACGCUGGCAAUGCGCAGCCCCUUGGGCAAGGGCACCGUGCUGCUGCGGGGCCCCGUGAAGGCCCGGAAGGCCGAGCGCCACUUCGGCAAGGCCCCCGGCGUGCCCAACUCCACCACGGCACCGCACGUGCGCUCCAAGGGCCGCAAGUUCGAGAAGGCCCGCGGCCGCCGUCGCUCUCGCGGCUUCAAGGUCUAA